UCGCGCUCCGGUGCCUUAUGGAGGCAAAGGUGGCUUCCUCGCUGGCCCCAGACGGCUCGUGCGUGGUGUCAGCAGAGGAGAUCGAAAAGUGGAUGGAGGAGGCGAUGCAGAUGGCCAAACAAGCCCUUGAAAAUACUGAAGUUCCUGUUGGCUGCCUUAUGGUCUACAACAAUGAAGUUGUGGGGAAGGGAAGAAAUGAAGUUAAUCAAACCAAAAAUGCUACUCGACAUGCAGAGAUGGUGGCCAUUGAUCAGGUCCUGGAUUGGUGUCAUCAGAGUGGCCAGAGUCCUUCUACUGUGUUUGAACACACUGUGCUAUAUGUCACUGUGGAGCCGUGCAUUAUGUGCGCAGCUGCUCUCCGCCUGAUGAAAAUCCCACUGGUCGUCUAUGGCUGUCAGAAUGAACGAUUUGGUGGUUGUGGCUCUGUCCUGAACAUUGCCUCUGCAGACUUACCAAAUACAGGGAGGCCUUUUCAGUGCAUUCCUGGGUAUCGGGCUGAGGAAGCAGUACAACUGCUGAAGACUUUCUACAAACAAGAAAAUCCAAAUGCCCCCAAAUCGAAAGUUCGGAAAAAGGAUUGUCAAAGAUCGUGAACUUGUUUUGAGAAAGACUAAUCCACACAGUGACCUGCACAAAAUUCCUGGCCUGAAAGCUGUUGACAUUGAUGAAUCAUAUGUUUAUAUGUUGUUUCUCUGUGGGAAAAUGGUGCCUCUCAACAUUUGCUCUGUUAAGGGAACAAAUUAGCACUUUUUAAAAGUCUGACAAUUGUAAACAACUAUUAGCUUUUCCACAAGCUGAAAGAACAUUUUAAGAAGGGGGAAAAAAUUAAGGUUUGAGGUUUUAGGAAUUAGCAAACAGUGCAUGCCCCUCAGCCACAGCAUGAUGCCCAGUCCAGGAAAGGGCUGGCUUUUCGGGGAAAGUGCAUCCAGCCCUAGUGACCUGCUUAUGUCUGAGCUAGCAUGUGCCAGGCUAGGACUUGUUCUCCAGGCCUGGCCUUUCAGGGUUGGAUUCCUCCCUAGGGACUGGGGCCUGGCUUUAUUCUAAAUUGCAUAUGAGUUGUAUAGAUAUGAUCAUGAUUAUAUAGUCCAUAGUAUAGAUUUUUUUUUCUUUUAUAAAGCAUUUAGAGAAAAUGCAUACUUAAAAUAAGUCCUUGAAGGUCAUUUUUAAGUUAUAGCAUAUUGCUAUAAUAAAGCCUUAUUUAUGCCUUCUUUGAAAAGGAACAGUCUUAAAAGUAAAACAUAAAAGUGGAAAUGAGACAAUUCCUUGUUUUUGAGCAGCUGUUUUGUGCCAGGGUCCUGGAACAAAAAAAAGAAUUCUGCCCUUGUGGCAAAGGGAGACAGAUCAUAAAUAUAGCCAAUCACAUGGUUUACUGAAGGGUGAUAAAAUUGGGGGUAAUGCUAGAUAAGGGUAUGGGCACACCAGUUGGUGAUAGGAAUGCUGGUUGCAGAAUUAAAUGGAAAGAUCAAGUUAAUCUAAAAUCAAAGUUAUUUUUAUUUAAAUAUAAUAAACUUUAAAUUUAAUAUCCAAAAUCUGAAACUGUAAAUUCGACACAGGAAAGAGUACCCACUGCAGAAGCCCCAGGUGAUCACCUCACCCACUGCAGUAAGGGUCACUGAUGCCAAGUGCCACUUUGUAGAGCCUCCCUGGGAGCAAUGUGCUUCUCUAGCCAGAAGGGGGCCUCACCGUUCCAGCAGAAGCCCAGUGCCAGGCCCUGGGUGGCAGUGCCUUCUCAGUGCAUUUCUUCAGUGGAUUCAUUUCCUUGAUGCAAAGCAUCUGUAUUUGUUGGUUCUGCCUUUGAGUGAUGUCUCUGACUUGUUUGUUUUGAAUUACAUUACAGGCUGGAAUGUAAUUGUGGUGGAAGUAUUUUUAUAUCACUGAGAGUAGCAGCUAAUCACAGUUACAUGCUUCAGAGGAUUUAUAAUUGCUUGGUUUUGUGCAUCUGUGUUCUUACUGCAUUUGGGAAGUUUUAUGGAGAAGAAUAUGCAUGAUUUAAAAUCUACAAUAAUGUACAGGCACCUUCUCUUUGAUUUUACCUAUUUUUAAAAUUGUCUUCUCAUUAAAUUUUAGUGCCUUGA